UCAGACUGACGGUUCAACACCGUCUGCUUUCGGUCCCAGAGGAUGAGGGAGAGAGACCGACCCGCCGCCCAGAUCAUCGAUGGCCACCGCUUGCCGGGAUCCUUCUCAGAAGAGGUCUACCGGAGCGGCCUCCGCUACCAGCCGGAGGAAAGCGACAUCAUCUUGGUCACCUUUCCCAAGUGCGGUACUCACUGGGUGCUGGAAAUCGUCAAGACGUGCUUCCGAGUCUGCAGGGGCGUCACGCCGGGAUGAAGCUUUCUUGAGAUGAAUGGUCUAGAAGGCAUUCUCAAGGCCCAGAGACCGCGAGUCAUCUUCACUCACCUGCCCUUUCACUUGGCAACUUUCUCGCCUUCCACUAAGUACAUAUACGUGGCCAGGAACCCUAAAGACUGUUGCGUGUCUUUUUACCAUCACACGAAGGCAAUUCCCAGUUACUGUUUCCAAGAUGGAAAUUUUCACGAGUAUUUUGAGCUUUUCGUCGAGGGCCUCACAGACUUCGGCAGCUACUAUGAGAACCUACUAUCUUGGUACGCAAAGAAAGACGAGCCGAACGUCCUGUUUCUCACAUACGAAUCGAUUCAUGCUGACACAAAGAAAUCGGUUCUCAAGAUCGCUGGUUUCCUGGACGACCAACUCGCUAAGGAGCUUGCGGAAGACGAAGCAAAAAUGACGGCUGUAGUUGAUGGUACGAGCGUGGCAAAGAUGAAAAAGGAUUGGGAAGUACAGUUCGUGAGGAAGGGCGUUGUUGGAGACUGGAGGAAUUACUUUUCGGUAGAACAGUCACGGCGAUUGGAGGAAAGGUUCUUCAAGGAAAUGGAGGGCACUUCUGUGCCAAGGCUUUGGGAUGGCGUGGACUGGCUUCUGGACCGCAAGGAAGUUGUUUAAUGUUUAUGACCCGGUAGCGUGCUCGAGCAGGAGUACUAAUGGUCCUGUCCCCACUUGCGCACCAAUAAACACAUUUCCUGUUGUAAUGUCA